AUUUAAUAAAAAUAAUACAAAAUUUAAUUUUUUAUAUUAAUUUUAAUAGCUGGUUUAUCAAAUUACUAUUAGAAAGAAAGUUAAAAGCAUAACAAUUCAUAUACAAAAAUGAAUGAAGACACAGUUAUAGAUAAGCAAACAUUAAUUGAUUACUUUGAUUAGUUUAUUUAGCAUGCAAUUUUAAAGGAGCUGAAAGAGCAGUAGUUAGAAAAAAUAUCAAAUGAAUGGAGUUAUUUUAAAUAACUUUUAGAAAAGCUUUAGUAAGAUCCUUAACGAAUUCCUAUUUAUCUUGACAUACUCAAGAAAUCUAAGGAGACUUAGGGAGGAAUCUAAUUAGUUUCUAGCAGCAGCAAUAAUCAUCAGUCUUAAACAUAGCUAUCCAGAUAACCGAGUGAUAAAUUACCUUAGUAGUAUUUAUAAGGCUAAAAUAGCAGUAAUAAUUAGCAAACUACUUCAGCAGUUUAAGUAUAAUCACCACUUCUUAAUAGUAACAGUUCAAAUUUAGUAGGGAAGAGGGACACAGAAUAAAUAACUCAAAGUAAAGAAUAAAUUUAAAAUAAGUAUUAGAAUCAGCUCUCAGCACAGCUUGCUAAUUAUAGUAAUAAACUAGGCUAAUAGUAGCAAGUGUUAUAAUCGCUGAGUAAUUAGUAAAGCAACUAAAUACCUGAAUUAGUUUAAUAAGCUAGUAAUCCGUUAGGCUUUUAAUAAACUAAUUAAGCCAGCAAUUAAAUAAAGUAAGAAAACCAACAAGUAAAAAGAAAGGAAUCCACUGACAUUCAUCCUAACAAUCUCUUUUAAAAUAUCUCUGGCACAUCAUAAACAAACACAGUUUCAACUAAUUCAAAGCAUUCAACUGAACAAAACACAUAAACUCAACAACAACAGUAGCAAGCUCAAGCUCUUUUUUUGAGUAAAGACAGGUCUUCUAAUUCAAAUUUAAGCUCAUUUAACUCAGGUGACUAACAAAAUUCGUUCCAAUCAUUUUCACAGGAAUAGUAGAUUGCAUAAUAAAAUUAUUAAAAAUCAAUAAACACAACACCCGUAAAGAUAGAACCAAAAUCGAUUUUUGAGGAGCAAAAGAAUAAAUUCAGAUUCCAAAGAGAUAAGAUAAAAUCAAAAGUUAAGAGCAUACUCAAUUUGUUUAGAGAAAAUAAUAUAUAUUUAAAUAAAGAAGAUAUUAAUGAAAAUACAGAGAAUUUAGAUCUAAAUACAAUGAUUUUAAAUCAAUAAAAAUAAAAUGGACCAUCUAGCAUAGGUUUAAAAAAGCAAUAAAGUGACGGCUCUAGCAUUUCAAAAACUAAUAAUAUUGCAAAUAUAUAAAGUCCGGAUAUAAAUUUAAUUACAAGCAGCAAAACAAAUUUAAAAAUAGAUCAAAUACCAUAGCUUUCAUAAAUGUAAAACCAGAAUUUAAUAAGAAAUAAUAGCAGUAAUAAUGUAAACUCGCAAUCAAUAUCUAACACUAAUAAUCCUAUUUUAACUUACUCCAACUCUACAAACAGCAUAGUUAACUAAGAAUCUUUUUAAAAUUAAUAGAGCACCUCUCAGCCAACCUCUUCUAAUUUUAAUCAUUAAAACACAAAUUCAAAAGGAGCAAAUUUAUCCCAUUUCAGUAAUUAAAAUAACAACAAUAAUAUAUAUCAAAGUAAUAAUUUCAACAACAGCAACAACAACAAUAAUAAUAACAAUUAACAACAAAUGUCUAACAGUAAAAGAAAUGUGUUUACACAAUAAAUAAAUAUAAACUCUUAAAAUUAAUAAUAAUAAACCCAAAUAUCUAAUUAAUUGUUUUCAAAUAACUGA